AAAUAAAACCAAAGCAUUAGAGUCUCUCGCUCCGGCGCGAGAGCGAGAGCACAAAGCAGUGCUUCGCCGGACUGAGUUCUCCGGUGAUCUCCGCCCGUAGACGUUGGUUGGAGGGAAGGAGCUUGAGAUCGGAGUUUGGGGGAAAUGCUGGCGAGAAGUCAGCGAGGGAUCUGGUCGCGAAGUCUGGUUCCGAUGGUUUUGGGAUACGGCAUUGCUUGAUCUCGUGGUUUAGAUAUUGAUGGAGCUCUGCUUGGCUUCAUGUCCAUUUAGAUCUUGGUUUCUCGGCGGAGAUUGUUGAUGCAGGUGCUCCUUUUCGCUGUUCUCUGAAUUUUGUUUUUAUUAAUUGGAUGAGAUGAGGAGUUGAGAUCUAUGGAGCAAGGGGUUUCGAUUCGGGAGUGAACGAAUGUUUUGAUGAAACUGGGGAAUUUCUCAAAGGAUUUAGGCGCAGGGAGUGUUUCUCUGUUAAAUCCAGUGUAAUCUGGCAGUAGAUCCACGCUUUUUCGUCUCGGAUUGGGGGAUCAAUGGAGUCGAGAAUGGAUCAGUAUGAGAUAAUGGAGCAGAUUGGCAGGGGAGCGUUCGGGGCUGCGAUUCUGGUCAAUCACAAGUUGGAGAAGAAAAGGUAUGUUCUGAAGAAGAUCCGGUUGGCCAGGCAGACGGAUCGAUGCAGGAGAUCUGCUCAUCAGGAGAUGGCUCUCAUUGCACGGCUUCAGCACCCAUUCAUUGUAGAAUUCAAGGAAGCUUGGGUUGAAAAGGGAUGCUAUGUUUGUAUUGUCACUGGAUACUGUGAAGGUGGAGACAUGGCCGAGUUGAUGAAGAGAUCUAAUGGGGCUUACUUUCCAGAGGAGAAACUGUGCAAGUGGUUUGCUCAGAUAUUACUGGCGGUUGAGUAUUUACACUCCAACUUCGUUCUGCACCGAGACCUCAAGUGCUCAAACAUAUUUCUUACGAAGGACCAGGAUGUUCGCCUCGGAGAUUUUGGGCUUGCCAAAACCUUGAAAGCAGAUGAUCUGGCUUCAUCAGUAGUGGGGACUCCAAAUUAUAUGUGCCCAGAGCUUCUUGCUGACAUUCCUUAUGGAUUCAAGUCUGAUAUAUGGUCUCUAGGAUGCUGCAUGUAUGAGAUGGCUGCCCAUCGACCUGCUUUUAAAGCUUUUGAUAUGGCUGGACUGAUAAGUAAGAUAAACCGUUCUUCUAUUGGUCCUUUGCCUGCGUGCUAUUCAUCCUCAUUGAAAACACUUAUCAAAAGCAUGUUACGAAAGAAUCCAGAGCACCGACCAAAUGCAUCUGAAAUCUUGAGGCAUCCUUAUUUGCAACCAUAUGUUAAUCAAUAUCGCCAACCCUUUGACACAUCAAGUGUCAUCAGGCCACCACAGAAACCUAUGUCGACCUCCUGUAGUGGUCCAAAGAGCAUGUCUGAAAGCCAAAAUAGUAGCAGUUCCAGCUGUGACAAGGACAGUUUGCAGUCCAGUGAGAAAAACACAUUAGGACUGGUAUCAAAUGGUGAUCUGAAAGGCAUUGAAACUGAUACUACUUCAACAGAUGAUGGAGUUGUCUCUGAUAGCUACUGCAUUCAGUUGCAGCUGGUUGUUCAGCAGCAAUCAGACUCGGUUGCUAAACCCCGACUAUCUAAUGCUGAGAAAAGAUCAGAUGCAUCGAAGCCAUCCCAUAUUGAUACACACACAAAGACUGAGCCUAAGCAACCAAAAACAGUGAAGAACAUAUUGAUGUCUCUCAAAGAACAAGGGAAGGUAAGGGAAAGCAGUUCUCCUAUCAGAGGCACUCGGGUGAAAGCAGGUGGUGCGUCAAACCAUAAGACUCAUGCCGAACCAUCACCCAAACCGCCAAAACCCACUAGUGCCAGUUCUUCAAGUUCCAAGUCUAAUCCAGAUGAGUCAAGUGCUGCACCAGCCAGAGCCAAUGGUGAUUCUGCAAAACGGCCACAACCAUCAGCUUCCUUGAAGCAUCUGAUACCUUUGCCUGAGACGCCUCCCAAAACUAGACCUCGACAUGAUGUGGUUUCUCCCUCUGAUCCAGCCCGACAAGUUCCAGGUGAUGGUCCUUCUGUCACAAAUAAACCAAAGCCCCCUUCCACUGUUGCGAGAAAGUCUCCUACUCAGAAACCUGCUGUGCUUGAUACGACAAGCCCUGUAAGUCACACGACCAAAAUAGCUCCAACAAAGGUAGCCCAGGACCAAGAGAAGAGUCCAAAAGAAACUGUAACGAUCUCCCCAGAUCAUUCAAGAGGGAUACAAACUGAAACCAGCUUAGAAUUAAUAGAGUCAACCCCCCCAACUCCCCUCAAGAGCAGAGGAACCUGGUUUCAACAGACUCAAAUAUUGUUGUAGACCAAAAGUGCCUGCUCCACAGAAAUCUUGCUUGCGGAGACUUCAGAGAUCAGCCCAUCUGAUUGUUCAAGUUUUUUAUGCAUGGAUGUGAGGCCUGACUACUCUUUGGAAAACAUUGAAAAUGGUUACUGCAAAGGUGUCCUUAAGCCCGAGCUGAAUAUGGUAGACCUGCAAAAGAGUACUACAAGCAACGAUGAAAUGAGCUUAAGUACUGCCCUUGAACCAUUCUUUCCAAGCUCUGAACAGGAUUUUGUUUGUAAAGAUGACAUUUCUUCAAAUGAGACUGGGCAGAUCUCAGUUCCAGCACAAGUUGGUGAUGACAAGUUCACUGUCAGAGAGCUCCUCUCAACAAUUACAGAUAUCACCCCUUUUGUUUCUGCAACAACAAAAAAUUCAACUCUUGAGAAGGCUUCAAGUCCAAAUCAGAUUGUCGAAAAGGCCUCAUCUCCUCAUCUCACCCCAGCUUUUGAUGACGUUAUACAUGUGAUCAGACACAGCAGCUUCCGGGUUGGCAGUGAGCAACAAGUGAUGGACAAUAUGGACAUGGCUGUCCAGAACAGGGAUGUUGGGAAGCUUUUGAAUGCUGUACGAGAAGAAGUAGAAAUCAGAAACCAAACUCCACCAACACAAAAACCAUCAGCAUUGACAGGGUCUGUGUCUGUUAAAUCAAAUACACCCGAGAUCAGUAACAUUAAGGAGAAACAAGAUUGCUCAGAAAGCACAAUAUCUACUUCUUCUAUUGCUACUUUGGCUUCAAAGGAAGAGGAUAUUAUUCCAGCUAAAGAAACACUGGAUGUGAAUUCUUUCAGACAACGAGCUGAAGCACUUGAAGGCCUUUUAGAGCUGUCUGCAGAAUUACUGCAGCACAACAGGUUGGAAGAGCUUGCUGUUGUUCUAAAACCAUUCGGGAAGGAUAAGGUCUCUCCAAGAGAAACCGCAAUCUGGUUAGCCAAAAGCCUCAAAGGGAUGAUGAUUGACGACGCCAGUCGCGCAUUGUGAGAGACACAAUCCUUCUCCCCUGAUUACAUUACAAAUUAUCAUCUAGUAGCUUCAACAUUUGUGAACUAAACAUCUUGUUUGUGAUUUUACAUUUUUGUAUUCUUUCCAGAGUAUGUUGUAAAUAGUCAAAUUCUCCUGGCAAAUAAGCCUUUCUUUCUGCCAAAUGUAUGAGCUGAGCUGAACUCACAGUGUUCCAUAUGUAUAACCACUGGAAGUCUGAAAACUCUAAGAGCUACUUGUUAUGAUGUCAGAUUUUUUACAAUAUCCAGCUCCUUUCUUUGGGU